AUGGACCACAGAUUGUUUGAUGUAACUCUCACGGGAGACGUAACAACACUUGAGUUGCUCCUUCAAGAAGAUCCACUGCUUCUCGAGCGUCUCUCUCUGUCGUCUCCAGAGAAUCCUCUCCAUGUCUCAGCCCUUGCCGGAAAAGCCGCCUUCACAAGAGAAAUCUUGCGUCACAAGCCAGGUUUAGCUCUGGAGCCGAACCAACAAGGGUUAAGCCCUCUUCAUAUUGCUUCAGCCUCAGGGGAAAUAGAAGUUGUGAGAGAGCUCCUAAGUAUUGUACGGAAACGUGAUCUCUGCUUCUUGAAGGAUAAAGACGGUUUGAUUCCUCUUCACUGCGCAGCACAAAGAGGAAGAAUCGAGGUCAUAAAAGAGCUGGUUUCGUCUUUCCCUGAAUCUCUCGAGGAAGUAACUGCUUCUCUUGAGACCGCUCUUCAUGUUGCUGUUAAGAACAAUCAAAUUGAAGCUACAAAGUUGUUGCUGGAAGAGAUCAAGAAUCGUAGCAUGUCGCGUGGAAUUGUUAACCAAGAAAAUCGAGAAGGCAAUACAAUCUUACAUCUUGCAACACUUGGGAAACAGCUUCAGAUUGUGGAGAUGUUGAUUGGUGAAGAAGCAAUAAUGCGUGGAUCGGUAGAUGUAAAUAAACAAAACAGAAACUGGUUAACACCAAAGGACAUUCUUGACGUGGUUAUUGAAACCGAAGGAGGAAGUGUUUCUGAAAUGUACAAAGUUGUUCAAAUCUUUCAGACAGCUGAAGCAAAGAACGCAAAGGAGAAACGCAAAACCCUUAAACCAGUUCCUCAUAGCAAAUCUCCUUGUCGUAGGAUACGGGAUUUUCUAGACUACGAGAUUACUAAUUCCACAAAUGAACAACGCGAUACUCUAAUGGUUGUUGCAACACUCAUAGCAACACUUACAUUCACUGGAGUCCUUCAGCCUCCAGGAGCUUUCAGAAGUGAGGACUCUAAUGGUGGCUCUGGUUCACAGAACAACACAACAACGUCACCAGCGCGAAUUAUAAACACCAUCUUCGGUCCCAGGAACAGCACUGCAGGACAAGCAAUCAUGGCGAGCAGACCCCUUGACUUCACUCUCUACGCUUCCUUCAACGCGAUUGGCUUCUUAGCUUCGGUUACAAUGAUCUCUCUGCUCACCAAAGGGUUCCCUCUGAGAAAUUGGAUGAGGCUUUGCAUUAUCUCAAUUGUGGCUACUUAUUUGAUUGCAAUCUUCUAUAUAGCACCAGAUGAGGAUAUAUUUUGGCUUGUGGUUCUAGGGCUAUCGUCGCUCUUGGUUCUUCGUGAGCUUUAUCUCUUCAUCAAGUCGUUGCUCCAAGCGUUUUCGAUUGCAACAGUCUCUAGUUCUGUUCUUAGUUGA